AAAAGUUUUUGAACCUCCGUCGUCUCUCGUUCUAGUGCUCGUCUCUCUCCUCUCUCGCUCACGGACAUCAGGUUUCGUAUUGGGGAGAUUCUGAGAAAGUUCUCUGCAUGAGCAAGGGGAAGAAAGAACCCUAAAAGGCCAUUCUAUUGUUUGCUAGAAACAUUUUAGGAUUUUCCAGGUUGAUUAAGGGUAGAACAGCAUAGAAGAAAUGGAGGAUUUUGUCGAUCACUAUGUCGUUCUAGGGUUACCCUCUGGCGAGGAGGGUAUGAAGCUUAGUGAGAAGGAGAUUGCAAAAGCGUACAAAUGGAAAGCAUUGGAAUUGCAUCCGGAUAAACGCCCAGAUGAUCCAGACGCUCACGAGAAGUUUCAGAAGCUGAAGACAUCUUAUGAGAUCCUCAAAGAUGAAAAAGCCCGGAAGUUGUUUGAUGAUCUUCUCAGGGUCAAGCGUGAAAAACAGAAAAGGCAAUCACAAGUGGAUUCCAAGAGGCGUAAGAUGAUGUCAGAUUUGGAAGAAAGGGAGCGUUUUGCUUUUGCCCCUGAUCCCGCUGUUAGAGCCCAUGACGAAGAGGGAAGAAUUGCAAGGAAGCUUAAGGAGGAGAUAGACAGGAUACGCGCAAAACAUGCAAAGAAAAGCUGUCCUUCCGAAACUCUAGACUGUGGUAUAGACAGAAAGAAAAGGUAUGAUAGUGGUGGGGUUCAAUUGGAUAAGGAGAGAGUAUUGAAGGUUUCAUGGGAGAAACUCGGUGAAGGUUACUCAGCAGAGAGACUCAGAGAAGUUUUUUCAGAAUUUGGCGAGGUUGAAGAUGUUGUUAUCAGGAGUACAAAGAAGAAAAGUUCUGCCCUUGUCAUCAUGGCCACGAAGGAUGGAGCUGUUGCUGCCAUGGGAACAUUGUGUGGCGAUCUAUCUAAUCCACUGCUCGUUGUACCUCUUCAGCGAGCAGUGCAAACAGAGUUUCCCACCGUUGAAAAAUCUGCAGAGGAUGAGCCACAAAGCAACUUAGUAGGUGCUGGUUAUCAGGCUUACGAGGACUCGGUAUUGGAGAAACUACGGAAGGCGGCCAAGAACCAGAAAUGAUCGUUCCCUGGAGCAGUGAUUGCUACUCGAGCGUUUCUAUAGACGAAGUAUCCACCCCCACCAGUGUUCAUGCACCUCGUACUGGAGAUCAGAUCAAGAGUUCUGAAUUCUCCAAAAAUCUCAGAAUUUGCCAGAGAGAGAGAGAAGCAGUCCAUCCAUAGAUCCCUUACUCCCUUUUUUUUUUUUUGUAGCAUGGAUAGAUAAAAAAAUGCUUUAGGGCAUGAUGGUUUCUCUUUCAUGAAGACAGAGAAGCAGAUCAUACACCUGUUGUUGUACUCUUUUAUCACUUGCCUCUCUUCCCCAUCAUCAUCCAUGAGCCAUCCCUCACCAAAAAGGCUCACUGCCUCUUGUCACUGAGACAUGACUAAGAGGCACACUAAUGAAGUGAGUAGAGAGAGUUGUAUUGUCCAUGUCUGGAAAAAAAAAUGCAGAGAGCAUUGAGCUUUUUGGGCUACUUCUGAAGAAAAAAGCUUACUGCACUUUUAUUGGGCCAACUUCAAAUCUUUAGAAGGUAAACACGCUGCUUUUUUUCCUAAGAAUUGAUUUUUUUUUUAAAUUGUGAACGUGCUUUCAGAGAUUCUGAGACAAAUUCUGUAAACCAAGCUUUUUGUAAGGAGAUUUGGUCCAAUGA